AGGGUGUUGCGGGCUCCGGAGUCAUGGCCGGCGCCCACCCUGAAGGCGGGCCCGCAGCCUUCGGCGGGAGGAGGCCGCAGUUCGGGAGCCGGCUCCUGAGAGAUCCGGCGCGCGUCUUCCACCACAACGCCUGGGACAACGUGGAGUGGUCGGAAGAGCAGGCGGCGGCGGCGGAAAGGAAGGUCCAGGAGAACAGCACCCAGCGGGUGUGCCCGGAGAAACAAGUUGAUUAUGAGAUCAAUGCCCACAAAUACUGGAAUGACUUCUAUAAAAUCCAUGAAAAUGGGUUUUUCAAAGAUAGACAUUGGCUUUUUACUGAAUUCCCUGAGUUGGCACCUAGCCAAAACCAAAGUCAUUUAAAGGAUUUGUUCUUGGAGAACAAGAGGAGUGAAAUACCUGAAUGUAGAAGCAGUGAGAAUGGACCUGGUUUAAUAAUAGAAGAACAGCACAAAUGUUCUUUGAACAGCCUGGAACAUAAAACACAGACACCUCCUGUGGAGGAGAAUGUAACUCAGAAACUCAGUCACCUGGAAAUAUGUGCUGAUGAAUUUCCUGGAUCCUCAGCCACCUACCGAAUACUCGAGGUUGGUUGUGGUGUGGGAAACACAGUCUUCCCAAUUUUACAAACUAACAAUGACCCAGGACUUUUUGUUUAUUGUUGUGAUUUUUCUUCUACAGCUAUAGAACUGGUCCAGACAAAUUCACAAUAUGAUCCUACUCGGUGUUUUGCCUUUGUUCACGAUCUGUGUGAUGAAGAUCAAAGUUACCCAGUGCCCAGGGACAGUCUUGAUGUCAUCAUUCUCAUAUUUGUUCUUUCAGCAGUUGAUCCAAACAAGAUGCAGAAGGCUAUCAACAGGCUGAGUAGGCUUUUGAAGCCUGGAGGGAUAAUGCUUCUGCGAGAUUAUGGCCGCUAUGACAUGGCCCAGCUUCGGUUUAAAAAAGGUCAGUGUCUAUCUGGAAAUUUCUAUGUGAGAGGUGAUGGCACCAGAGUUUACUUCUUCACACAAGAUGAACUGGACACACUGUUCACUACUGCCGGACUGGAAAAGGUUCAAAACCUGGUGGAUCGCCGAUUGCAAGUGAACCGAGGGAAACAGCUGACAAUGUACCGAGUUUGGAUUCAGUGCAAGUAUCGCAAGCCUCUUGCAUCCAACACUGCCUGAGAGGCACCUGCUCCUGACACCAUGUGAGCUCAUUGUGUUUCAGGCAUUUUUAAAAGGAAUAUCUGUAAGUGGUGUCUUGUUAAUGUUGGACAGUUCAAGAAUUCAGACAGACUCAAACCUUGAACCUAGGAAAAAUUACUUUUUAUCAUGAUUCAAACCAUUGUUUUUUAUAUCUGUGAAGCCCUUUAAUAUGUACUUUUCUCAAGUUCUUUAUUACUUUGAGGUCUCUGUCUUGCCAUUUUGUGACUAAUAACUGCAACUAUUCAUAUAAAUAAGAAUUUUAAAACAUCGAGAAUUUA